AUACUGGUUGACUCCACCCCUCUGCUGAAGUAUGAUACAACUUGUCAGAAAGCAGGAAGUGUGGCUAGAGCACUCUGCAUGAUUUGAUAAGAAAACUCUCUUCUCUAUUCCUGCGAGGGGGGAAAAAAACUAUCCAAUGGUCCUGAUCUUAUCAUUCAACCUGCAUAAGUGAACCCUAUUAAUUGGAUGAAGGAUUGGAGCCAAAGGUGCGAAAGCUGACUCCACUCUUGCACAUAUUCUAAACAUGGUAUGUCUACGCUUACCGUGGAUUGAUGCUGUGGUGAUCGAUCCACCGGGAGUUGAUUUAGCGGAUCUAGUGAAGACCCGCUAAAUUGACCGCAGAUCGCUCUCCUGUUGACUCCACUGGAAUGAGAAGCAUAAGAUGGAGCCUCCUGGACUGGCUUUCACUCUUUGGAUAUUUGCCUUUCUUUCUGUUCCUGCGGCUGGUUAUCCAAAUGGAAAAGUAAAAGAGGCCUGCAGUAGUAUGAUGCCUUGCCAUGGACAUUCUCCACAGCCAUUGCCUAAGCACACUAUAUCAGUGAAUGAGACUGAAUUUAGACCAGGGGACCAUAUAAAAGUUAAUUUAUCUGGUCCCGUUUUUGAAGGAUUUUUCAUACAAGCCCGGAAUGCGGAGAACUUGGCUGGCCCUGCACUUGGCUCUUUUAUGCUAGCUGAAGAGAGGAUUUCUCAGCUCCUGACAUGUGGACUUACAAAGAAUUCUGCUGUCAGUCACACUAGUAAAUCAAAAAAGAAACAUGUAGAGGCUUAUUGGGUUGCUCCCACGGAUGCACCAGAACAUGUACAAUUUCUAGCCACAGUUGUAGAGAAAUAUGAAAUCUUUUGGGUGAAGAUUCCUGGUCCCAUCAUUUCCCAACCUAAUGCACCACCGUUGACGACACCUACAAGUAUUACACCAGAGACUCUACCAACUUCACAGCCAGUUUACCAUCUAACAAAAUCAUUUAAUGCCUCCGGCUGUGGAAGUACCAAGUUCUGCAUAAGGAAUCCUCCAAAAUGUGAUCCUGGGGCUGCCUAUUGUUUCUUUCUGUCCUUCAAACAAAAUAACCACUCAGUGCUUAUUGAAAUGAGUGGUCCUAGUGAAGGAUAUAUAGCCUUUGCAUUAUCUCAUGACCAGUGGAUGGGUGACGAUGAUGCUUAUCUGUGUAUUAAUGAAGAUCACCGUAUUAAUGUAAACACGGCCUAUCUUAGUGGGCGAACUCCUCCUGUGUUGGACUCAGAGAAUGGCCUUGAAGAUAUCUCAUGGAGAGUGGCUGAUGGUCUUGUUCAGUGCUCUUUCAGAAGAAACCUUCGUCUUCCUGCUUAUAAAGGGAGGUUUAAUCUAGAUGCUAAUUAUUACAUCUUUCUGGCAGAUGGGGGGGCAAGUGAAGGAGGUCUAAUUCACAAACAUCAUCGUCAGCCUCUGAUCACCAAUGGAAUGUACAAUGUCACAGACUCUCCAAAAGAUAUAGGGGGAUCCCGCUCUCCACUUCUUCUUAAACUCCAUGCUUCAUUAAUGUUUGUUGCAUGGAUGACUACAGUUAGUAUUGGUGUUAUUGUUGCCAGAUUCUUCAAACCAGUUUGGCCUCAUUCGUUGUUUGGAAAGGAGAUUUGGUUCCAGGUACAUCGUAUGCUGAUGCUGACCACAGUGCUUCUUACGAGCAUCGCUUUUGUUCUUCCUUUUAUAUACAGAGGAGGCUGGAGUAAAUGGGCAGGCUUUCACCCGUAUCUUGGCUGUACCGUGAUGGCUCUGGCAAUCUUUCAACCUCUGAUAGCUGGUUUCAGACCACCUCCUCAUGCACCAAGAAGGCAAGUAUUUAACUGGGUUCACUGGAGUGCUGGCACAACAGCUAGAAUACUAGCUGUGGUGACUAUGUUCCUGGGAAUGGACCUACCAGCACUCAACCUUCCAGACCCAUGGGACACGUAUACAAUGAUUGGAUUUGUAGCUUGGCACGUCGGUAUUGAUAUUCUCCUGGAGAUACAUAGCUACUGUCUCAUUCGCAAAGUUGAAGUGAUUGAUGAAGAUAGAAUACAAAUUCUGCAGUCGCUAACGUCGGCAGAGGCAGAGGGUCAUACAUUUAAAGAGAUUGUGUUAACCAUCUACAUCUGUGGAAAUACAGCAUUCCUUAUUACCUUCCUGGCAGCAAUCCACCAACUAUGAAUUUCUGGCAAGGACAUUAGAUGUUGAACAUUUGCAGUGAAAUCAAGAGUGAAGCACCACUCAAGGAAUUAUUACAGAUUCCAGUGUUGCUGCAAUACCUUCCUGAAGUUACACUUGAAGAAUAAUUUGUGUGUGUGUGUGAGAAGACUUCAUCAGUCUGUGCUCUCAUGAUCAUCAACAGAGAGAAUGUAUGUUUAGAUUCUAAAGACAGUUUGGGCAGGACUGCAACAUCAAUCUUUGAUAUUUUUUUUUAUAGGAGUCCUUCCCUGAGUAAGGACUGCAAUAACUCUCUUAAUCCAGUAAUUUAACUUUUUGUUUUGAAGUGUGUAGGCUGAGUGGGUAUGAUAACUACUGGUUGAUAGGGGUGGAAAUCACUGUUUUGAUUUUUUGUCGUCAUUCUCUUAACCUACACAUAUGUUAUUUGGAAUACUGAAUAGACCAGUCCUAAAUCUGCUUGUCACAUAGUUCAGUUUACCAUAUUGCUUAAUGAAUAAUGUACUGCCUAAUGGUUCUUAUUUAAAGUAUGUGAUGUUAGUAUUGUGCACUCCAAAAAUCUCAGCAUGAUUGUCACAAACACAAGUUGAUUCAUCAAGGACUACAUUGGCAUAUUUCUCUGCAGUUAAAUGCAAAAACUACUUUCUGCUCUAAGAGCAGUUCCAUAUAACACACACAGUGGGCUGAGCUUCAGUCCUGUAACUUUGUCAUUGCUUGCAUCAAUUACAAGAUUUAAAAAAAAAAAAAAUCUUUUGAAUAUAAAGAGAAGACACACUGCAAAACUCAUUAUGGGAAACUUUUAGCAAAACUGUGCCACAGUGUCUCUAGAUAGUCAGUGUCUUCUGGCCACUUAAGUCAAAAUAUCUGCUCCAUCACUUUGUGAUUAAAUAUGGUAGUUAGAUAGAAACAAAGAGUUUCCUUGACCUCUUGGUUAACCUGAUAGAAGUUGCUUUCCCACAGCUCUUUUUUUGAAAUUAGCAUGUCUAUCCAACAUAAUGACCUUUUGCUUCAUGUGCAUGGGAAUACUAGAGAGACCGGGGGAGAGAAGGGGAAAAUGUGCCUCUCCCCAAUUUGAGCAGUAAGGGAUUCCCAUAAGCAAUAUUGGCUAGAUAAAAACAACUCUCUCUCCACUUGUUUUAAAUUGUUUGUUUUGUGGGUUUCUCUAGGGGUGGCAGUAGUUCUGCUUCUAGAACGCUUUGACUAUGUAGUUGCCAGUGUUUUACUAGUGAUCACUGCAAUAAUACCCCCUGCGAACCCUGAACGGCUUACUUUCAAAGCACAAAGAUUUAGGUAUGUUAUAACAGAAUAUUUUGCCAACCAGGGAAUACCUGACUAGCUGUGAGAGGUGAGAUUGGGGAUGAAGAAAGGUAUAUGAAUCCAGACCUGUCCACCCUCCGCUCUCUUAACAAGCAUGAUGUAGCUGUGGAAUUUGUCACAGACGGGAAUUAAGUGGUGGCUAUAUAUUGUCUCCUGUAUAACCUAUCUGUACUCCCUCCAUCUGGUACCCACUAAUGUAGUUGGUUAAAGGAACAACUCAGUGGAGGGCUACAGGCUCAGGCUGUUGGUUCAAGCUUAUUUUCUUCUUGGCUCCUCCAGAGCUAUCAGCCGCACAAGCAUGUGUUUCAGCCCCAACCUGCUGAUUGGUAACCUCAUGGGUAGCAAUGGUGGUCUUCAAGUGGGUGUAGGAAUGGGAAAGAAGAACCACCAGCAGCAGAAAGGAAGGAGUGGGGCAACCCAAAAAAACCCCACCAAGCGGGAAAAAAAUAAGUACUUACCAAAAACCCUAGGUGUGGAUACAGAAGGAAAGAAAUAGCAGGAACUAUACUGGGAUGUGAGUAUGGGACUAAAUUGCAAUGGAAUAUGGGGAUUUCCAGUCUCAGGAGCUUGGGAACCACUGCUACCCUACUGUCAUAUGACCAGAUCAGUUCUAAAGUCGCUAGGGACUCUGCAUAUAAAUGUAUUUCUUUACAGAAGAAAAACCUGUCAAACCAGAUGUUUCACUGGGUUUUUAUUCUUGUUUAAUUAUCAGUGUUGAGUUCUUUUGUAUGGCUUUUACACUGAUAGCUGUAUGUGCUGUGUACUCUGAUACCUCAAACAUUGUCUAUUCUGUCAUGGAAAUGUGAACACAGUCUUGAUUUUUUUUAAACAUUAAUAUAAGUACUUUGAAAUUAAA